AUGCCCCCACGACACCAGACACUCCCGCCGGCAGCCACCGCCGCCGCCCGCGAGGCCCUGCAGUCCUUCUACUGCCAGCUCUGCCAGAAGGGCUACAGCCGCCACAACGAGUACGAGGCCCACCUGUCGUCCUACGACCACUCGCACAAGGUGCGCCUCAAAGAGAUGCGCGCCAUGACCCGCGACCCCGCCGCCGCCGCCCGCGCGCGCAAGGCCGAGGCCAGGGAGAACGGCGUCAUCAGCAUCCAGCUCGGCGGUGGUGGGGAGAAGCCCCAGGCCGCCAGCGGAGGAGGUGGAGGCGGCGGCGGGUUCAAGAAGGGCGGGUUCAAGAAGUCGGGGUUCAAGAGUGCCUUUGCGCCUGCGGGUGGGGACGGCGAGGCUGAGAAGGAGGUCAAGGCCGAGGAUGAGGCUGUGGAUGUCAAGGUCAAGAGCUUGGAGUUGCAGCGCGCCGGCGGUGGAGGUGGUAGCGGUGAUGCUGAGAGUGAUACCGAGGACGAGGGAUACGAGAUGUACGACCCGAACUUUCCUACCGACUGA